AUGCACCUACGCCUUGCAAAGCCCUCAGAUGAACCGGUCAUCGUCGACAUCUGCGCUCGUGCGUUCCUGGAAGAAGACCUCUUUGGCCGAGUAAUUCACCCCUACCGAGCACAGUAUCCUAACGACGUACAAAUCUUUUGGCACGAUUGGGUGCGCAAUGAUUGGGCCAAUCCACGAAACAAGAUCAUCGUUGCCGUCAUGACCGCCGAAGGUGGUGAGCAUGAGAGGAUUAUCGGCGCAGCAAUCUGGCAACGCCAGGGCGACGACCCAGGCGCGCAAAAGAUUAUCACAGAAUGGACUGAUCCCGGUACAUUUCCCGCCUUGCUUUCAACCCACAACCGCGCACUAAACCCCUCGAAGAAGACGAUCCUAGUCGAUUCCGCGCCUUACACUAAACACUACUGGGCCGGUUCGUGCGCAACCAAUUGGUACCUUUCGCUGUGCUGUGUGGAUCCAGGUUUCAAGGGUCGUGGGGCCGGACGGCUGCUAGUGCGGUGGGGCUUAGAUCAUGCCGAGGAAGAGUGUGUUAGGGCGAGUGUAAUGGCGAGUGAGGGCUCGGAUGAGUUUUAUUUAAAGUGUGGGUUUGAUGAGGUGGUGGGGAAUGCAAACGAAGGGGAAGGGAAUCCAUUACAGAAGGAGGAUGUGAAGGGCGGGAACAUCUUGUUUGCGUGGGUCAGGGAUAGUAAGGCACUCGAAGAGAGAGCUCUGUAG